AUGUUAGCCACCACUAGCUCUAUUCUCCUCCGUCUCGCAUCCUUCCUCUUCCUUCGCUGGAUCCCAGGCCAUGUUUUUGUUCCGGUAAUCUUCACAUCGCUCGCCGUUUAUUCGACCUCAAUCUACUUUUCUUCGACUAAAAACAAUAGCAAUGGCAUUAUCAAAUCCUUGCUUACUGGGGCUCCUUGUCGCCAGUCAUGGGCGACACGCAUCGCCGUCGUGAUCAACCUUAUUUGCGGCUUAUUCACUGCGGACUUCCUCCUGCGCGGUUUCAUCUUGUAUCCGACCGCGGACCUACGUUUCUCCCGUGUGGGACAUAUCUCGCAUAACACUGCCCAUCUACUGCUCCGAGAGCCUGAUGCUGCUCGGCUUCCUUUGAAUGUCUCUUAUAUGGAGGCCCAUGAUGAGGAUAGUGAGCCUCGGUCAUGGAUCCAGGUAGCUACAGUCGACUCUCUGAGCGAGUCCACAGACUUCACAACGACAGUCACAUUUACCAACUUGAACCCAGCUUCGUCGUAUCGUUAUGCUCUGUCCAACAAUCAGACCGGUCUCUUCGUCACCAGCCCAGCUCCCGACUCUUCUGCUGCCAACAGGCUCAGCUUCCUGACAUCUAGCUGCAUGAAACCCAACUUCCCCUACGACCCCCGGCGCCACCCGCUGCGUAUUCCGGGACUCGAUAAGAUGACCACGGCCAUCUCUUCUCUCCCCCAUCUUCCGUCAUUUAUGCUUUUCCUUGGCGAUUUCAUCUACAUCGACGUCCCUCAACGUUUCGGGUCGUCCGUCGAUCACUAUCGUAGCGAAUAUCGUCGAGUCUACUCAUCCCCCUCCUGGACCUGGUCCGCAGCCAACCUCCCGUGGAUACACACUCUUGACGACCAUGAGAUUGCCAAUGAUUGGAACUACGGAAACACCAUACCCCCUUACCCGGCCGCUAUAGAGCCCUACCUCAACUAUCAUGCCUCGGUUAACCCUCCAGCACCCGAUGCCAAGACAGAAAACACUAAAUCCUCAUACACAAUGUUUACCAACGGCCCUGCUGCCUUCUUUCUCCUCGACACCCGGUCCUAUCGCUCCCCAUCGGACGAGACUAUCCUCGGCAAAGCCCAGCUCAACUCCCUCCUGGCUUUCCUCGCCCGCGCAGAACCUCCACACAUCCGCUGGAAAAUUAUCUCCUCCAGCGUACCCUUCACCCGCAAUUGGCACGCCGGGACCUCAGAUACAUGGGGUGGGUUCCUCUCCGAGCGCCGUGUCGUCUUCGACGCAAUGCGCGCCGCGCAACGAACACUCGGAAUCAGAAUUGUGCUUCUCUCAGGCGACAGGCACGAAUUUGCCGCUACGCGGUUUCCCCCGCUCCCUGACCAGAUUCAGACCGCUGAAAAGCAAGAAAAUCUUGAGAAUGGCGAAGAGCUAGUCGAAUUCUGUACAGGCCCGCUAAACAUGUUCUACCUUCCCGUCCGCACCUACUACCAGUCUGGCCCGGACGACGUCCCUCUAAAAUAUCUUCCCGACGGGAACACGAAGUACGGCCUUGUGGAUAUAGAAGAUGCUUCUGUGGAUAGCGUACCGAGUUCCGUUCUCACGUACUCGCUAUAUAUUGACGAGAGCGUGGUUUGGAAAUACCGGCUAAGUGUGCCUUUGGGGUUGACUUCAGAGUCUAAGGCGCAGCCUGCUGCGUCGGCGUCAGAGGCAAAGGGCGCUUCGGCGGCGAGAUCGUUGUUGCCCCAUGGUGAGGUUCUGGUCGAUGAGACUGUCGAGGGGUGGGUAGAUGCUAUUUCUAAGGUGUUUGGGUGGAAUGUUAUGGUAGAUCACCCGAAUAAGGAUUGGGUUUUUUGA